CAUUUCUUUUCAAAACGUGUGUGUAUUGCUCGCGUUGUAAUUUUUCAAGUUUAGAUUAAUUAAUUAGAAUUAUGUCUGUUGUUAAAAAGAAGAAGCAUGUGUCAAAAAAGAAUAAGAAGGCAUGGCGGAAAUAUUGUGAUAUCACUGAUGUGGAGGCCUUCCUUGAAGACCAGCGUUUGGAAGAAAGACUUGGAAAAUUUGAUACGAAGCCAGACAGCGAGUUGUUCGUAGUAGAUACCCAGGGUGAUGGUGAUGUCGAGGUGAAAAAAGUGGAUGAGAAGCCAGUGGUGCUCACAGCCAAGCAGCGGAAGAGACAGAUGCUGAAUGAAACGCCAAAGUGUUUUGAAGUUUUAUUACCCUCCUCUAAGGUAGAAGACCCAAAUAAAAAACGCAACCACAAGAAUCCUGUGGGAUUCAAACCCACUGCCCUUAGUAAGGUCACAGAGAAACGGCGGCUAAAGAGAGGCAUAUACGAAAAGAAGGCAGUUGAUGCUAGAACUAAUCGUAAGAUCGCACUGGAUAAGAAGAAGAAAAAUAAGAAAACCAAGGAAAAUUUCAACUUGGAUUUAUGGGGAGAAGAUAUACCAGAAGCAAAAGGAAUACCAUCAACCCUGUGCGAUGAGUUUAUCCCCCAAGAAGCACAACUCCACAACGUAUUGCCGGACAAACGGCUGAGACCCAAGCCUCCGCCACCAAAGACGAUAAUCACGAGAGCCGCUGUGGAACCACCUCAUCCGGGAAUCAGCUAUAACCCUACUUAUCAGGAGCAUCAACAACUCCUUCAGGAUGUGGUGCAGCACGAGGAGAAGAUGAUGAAGAGGGAAAGGCAUUUGCUGAGGGUCACCACCGGCAUGUUCAGCAAGGUCACGCAACAAGAGAAAGAGAACCAAUGGCGCGAAGAAAUGAGCGCAGGUCUGCCUAAGCCGCACAAUCCAGCCAACGAUAGUUCUGACUCGGACACAGAUAACGAAUACAAAGCCGUGAACCCGCCGGUGAAGAACAAGAAGAAGGACCACAAGGCCAGGAGGAAACAGAAGGAGAGGCUCGCCGAGAGGGAGCGGCUGAAGAGGGAGAAGGUUGAUAAGAAGAAGAUCACCGAUAUAUACCGACUUCGGAAACUGGAAUCAUCCAUCACCAAAAGGGAAAAAAUUCAAAUCGAAGAGCGUUCGAAACGCGCUGAGAAACGCGCUGAAAUCGCGGCGACCGCAGUACCAGCGCUCAACAAGAACAAAGUGGCCAAGAAGGAGCCGGAGUUCGUUGACCCUGAACAGCUGACUGGUGAUUUGAGGCAUAUCAAUGCUAAAAGUAAUCUUCUCCGAGAUCGCUACGAGUCGUUGCAACGUCGCGGCGCCUUAGCCGGAGCUAAGCUCAUGAUGAAGAAGAGGAAGAAGGCCAAGAGCUACUUCAAACCAGGACAUAAGGUCACUGACCAGGACGUGGAAAGAUUCCUCGCCAGAGCUGCGGGGAACAAGUAAUGGUGUUGAUAAUAAAUCUAUUUUACCUAGUA